AUGACUCACCUUCUAAGAGCCAUUGAGGAUUUGGGAAUGAGACAAAUGGAGGGACAAGAGCAAAUACUUCACAUUCAGUCCAACUGGAUGAGACAACAAGAAGAGUGGCAGAAACAACACAUGGAGCAGCAACAGGAGCAAUACUCCCAACUCACUCAAGCCAUCCACCAAGUUACUGAGAGGAAAGAGCGUCAAGAUAAACGCCUUCAAGAACUCAACCAGCGGCAACUAGCUCAAAUGAAAUCAUUCAAUGAGUUCAAUAUGCUGAAUGAAGGAAGGCAGUUACAUAGGGAGGAGUUCAACGUAAACACUCAGGCCAGGUUAAACUACAUGUCCAGCAAUAUGCAUCAUCUACAUUAUGCCAUUCCCACAUUUGAUGAGGUCCAAAAAGAGUUUGUUGAACAAGAAGAAAGGAAGGUGAAACAGUAG